AGAAGGAGGCCACUCCUCCGUGCUUGUAAAAGCGGUAUAGCGUAACUUGCAAGGCCACCAUUUCCGUAGUCUUAUUGAAGAUAAUCCGUAAUUAUCUGUAAGUACUAUAUACUUCGCCGCCGCUGGAUUUAAUCUAUUUUCUUCUCACUUACUCGUUUUCAAAAUAGUCAAGGGAGCUAAAAAAUUUAGUUUCUAGCUAGUUAGCUAAGGUUCUCCUUGAGAACUUUGGUUUUGUAACUUACGCCCUUACCUUGGUGAAUUACUUUUGACUUCGUUCUUUGUUUAGUUACUUCCGUGGAUAGUUAACUUAUUCCGUUUGAAUUCUAGGCGAGGUAGACCUUUGAGAUUGCACCGUUUGCAAUCUCUUUGACUUUUCUAGUACUAGUCAGCUAAUUCUGAAUUAUUCUAAUGACUUUAGUGUUGGCCGUGGUUUUAAAUCGUUCCGGUUUAUUUCUUACUUAUGGCCACGCGGUGGUUGGUCAAGCUAGUUACUUUGAGCUUGUUAGCGGUCUAGGAACGUUCUAUGACAAGAAUAAACCAAAGCGGAACAAAGAAGCUAGAAAAAAAAACUCAAUGAAUUGUCUAGGGGGUCUACGAAUUCAAAAGAAGGAAAUCAAUGCUAUGAAUUCUAUAAAUUCUACAUGCAGAGCGAGGCUGAUAACCUAUGUUGUACCGAUACAACCGAUAACAAACUUGAUGAAGGUAGAACACUAG